GGCCGGCGCCGCUGAGCGUGUCCGCGGGCCGUGAUUGGCUGCUCGCGCUGUGGGCUCCUCGUGCCAGGGAGCAGUGUGUGUGUGUGGUAGCGCGAGCGGCGGAGGAGCAGGUUCGAGCUCGCGCUGUUUCAGCAGCGGAAGACAUUUUCUCUCAAAAACGCGACGAGGAGCUUUAAACAAUCCACAUCUGGAGUUACCGGAGGGUUCCGCCGCUGCCGCUGGAUCUAACGCCCGCUUUCUGCGAACUUGUCCGCGGGCAGCAACUCGUCCACGGACCGAGGGGCUUCCGACGUUCAGCCGGACGGAGCGACGCUCUCCGCCGCGGGUCACCGACUCUCACAGGCGAAGAAGAAGAAGAAGAAAGAGACACGGAAACGGACAUUUUUUCCCCAGCUCCCACCGAGAGGAUAUUAAGUUUCGUGUCUGGAUUAUUUUCUGUACCUGAGACAAAGGUACAAACCAGGUGAUAACAUCCAGCCGUCGGGGUCUGAGGGCGCCGCCUCGCAGCCGAGAACAAGGCUUUGUCCGCCGCCAUCGUGCGUGUGCGGGGGAGGGGGUGGCGGUGAUUUUCCCGCACCUUCACUGGGACUACACACAGACACAGAGAGAGAGAGAGAGAGAAACCACGCAGAUUAUCUCGUGUUAAGGAGCCGACAUGUAUCCACAAGGCCGGCAUCCGGCACCUCAUCAGCCAGGGCAGCCUGGCUUCAAGUUCACGGUGGCGGAGUCCUGCGACAGGAUCAAAGAUGAGUUUCAGUUCCUGCAGGCCCAGUACCACAGCCUUAAAGUGGAGUACGACAAACUGGCCAAUGAGAAGACAGAGAUGCAGCGUCACUACGUCAUGUACUAUGAGAUGUCCUAUGGGCUCAACAUUGAGAUGCACAAACAGACUGAGAUUGCCAAACGUCUCAAUGCAAUUCUGGCUCAGAUCAUGCCAUUCUUGUCACAAGAGCAUCAACAGCAGGUGGCUCAGGCUGUUGAACGGGCCAAGCAGGUGACAAUGACUGAGCUGAAUGCGAUCAUCGGGCAGCAGCAGCCGCCGCCUCAUAGUGCCUAUCCAGCCUUCAUGCAGCAGCAGCUCCAGGCUCAGCAUCUCUCUCACGCCGCCCACGGUCCCCCGAUCCAGCUGCCCCCUCACCCCUCAGGCCUGCAGCCGCCUGGCAUCCCCCCUGUGACAGGCGCUGGCUCCGGCCUGCUGGCCCUGGGAGCUCUUGGCAGUCAGGCCCACCUGCCUGUAAAGGAUGAGAAGAACCACCACGACCUGGAGCACCGAGGCCCCUCAUCUUUUCACUCACCUCUGGCCAUUCCUCUGAAAGAGCGCGAGUCGAGCACGAAUAACUCUGUGUCGCCGUCAGACAGCCUACGGGCAGCGAGUGAGAAGCACCGCAGCUCUUCAGAUUACGGCCUCGACUCCAAGAAACGCAAAGUGGAUGACAAGGACAACAUGAGCAGAUAUGACAGUGACGGAGACAAAAGUGACGACCUGGUGGUGGACGUUUCCAACGAGGAUCCUGCCACCCCUCGAGCUAGCCCCGCUCACUCACCUCCAGAAAACGGCCUUGAUAAAUCACGGGGCCUGAAGAAGGAUGCUGCCCCCAACAGCCCCGCCUCCGUCGCCUCUUCCGGCAGCACACCGUCCUCCAAAGCAAAGGACCACGCCCAUAACGACAAGUCGUCCACACCGAGCCUGAAGUCCAACACGCCUACACCCAGGAACGAGGCGCCGACACCAGGAACCAGCACCACUCCAGGAUUACGGCCUCUAACGUUGGGCAAACCCCCCGGCAUGGAGGCGUUAGCAGCUCCUGCCCUGCGUACGCCGCUGUCCAUCGCAGGCUCCUAUGCCACCCCGUUUGGUAUGAUGAGUCAUCACGAGAUGAACGGAUCCCUUACCAGCCCCAGCGUUUAUCCGGGUCUCAUCUCACCUCAGAUGAGUGCAGCAGCUGCUGCAGCUUAUGGGCGCUCACCAAUUGCGGGGUUUGACCCUCAUUCUCACAUGAGGGCUCCGGGCCUGCCAGCCAGCCUCACAUCCAUUUCUGGAGGAAAACCAGCUUAUUCUUUUCAUGUGAGUGCUGAUGGUCAGAUGCAGCCCGUGCCCUUCCCUCCAGAUGCCCUGGUAGGCCCGGGCAUCCCACGCCACGCUCGCCAGAUCAACACGCUGAGCCACGGGGAGGUGGUGUGCGCUGUCACCAUCAGCAACCCCACGCGUCAUGUCUACACCGGCGGCAAGGGCUGUGUCAAGAUCUGGGACAUCAGCCAACCAGGCAGCAAGAGCCCAGUGUCCCAACUCGACUGCCUGAACAGAGACAAUUAUAUCCGCUCAUGCAAGCUGUUGCCUGACGGCCGCACCCUGAUAGUGGGUGGGGAGGCCAGCACGUUGACCAUCUGGGACCUGGCCUCGCAGACGCCCCGCAUAAAGGCCGAACUCACUUCCUCUGCUCCGGCCUGCUACGCGUUGGCCAUCAGCCCUGAUGCCAAGGUCUGCUUCUCCUGCUGCUCCGAUGGAAACAUCGCUGUGUGGGACCUCCACAACCAAACCCUCGUAAGGCAGUUCCAGGGCCACACAGACGGAGCCAGCUGCAUCGACAUCUCCCACGACGGGACCAAGCUGUGGACCGGAGGCCUUGACAACACUGUCCGCUCCUGGGAUUUGAGGGAGGGACGGCAGCUCCAGCAACACGACUUUACCUCACAGAUCUUCUCGCUGGGAUACUGUCCCACCGGAGAGUGGCUGGCCGUCGGCAUGGAGAGCAGCAACGUGGAGGUGCUUCAUCACACCAAGCCCGACAAGUAUCAGCUGCACCUGCACGAAAGCUGCGUCCUCUCGCUCAAGUUCGCCUACUGUGGUGAGUACCAGGCCCACACACGUCUUCAUGCAUUCAAGAGCAGGAAGAAUAAAGGUUUGAUUCCUGGAUAA